CCAUCUGUCAUUGGUUCAUUCUGAUGUAGCCGAUGCUCUGCGAAGUUUUGCAAGAAUUGAAAAAAAAAAUAUUGUGUUUCAAAAUAAGCUUUCAAAUCUCUCAUCCGGCACAGAAUAACGAUAUUUUGCAAAAUUAAAAAGUGACAAACUGAAUCGAUUAUUAUUUCGAAAUUUGUUUCGCAUUUCUCCCUACAUAAUGGGCAAAAGAAAAGCCACGAACAACGCAAAUAAUCCAAAUCAAGAAAUAUGUGACUUUUUAUUGGAACUAGCAGAUUUUGAGCGUAAUGUCAGUAAAAAUGUUUACAAGUACAAUGCGUAUCGCAAAGCAGCUGGAACAUUAAGCGCUUUACCAGAGAAAGUUUGCAGCGGGGAAGAAGCAAAGAAAUUACCUGGUAUAGGAGUAAAAAUUGCAAAGAAGAUAGAUGAAUUUCUUCAAACUGGAAAACUGCAAAAACUGGAAGAUAUUAGAAAAGAUGAAAAUAACAUCGCUAUUAGUUUAUUGGCUCGGGUAUCUGGCAUAGGUCCUGCCAAGGCCAAAGAAUUAGUAGAUGCUGGCAUCAAAACAUUAGAAGAUCUUAAGAAACAUCAAAACAAGCUCACGCAUCAUCAAAAGUUGGGAUUGAAAUAUUUUGAUGACUUUGAGAAAAAAAUACCUAGAGCAGAAAUUGUACAGAUAGAAAAGAUACUAAAAGAUGCUAUCAAAGAAAUUAAUCAUGAUUAUCUUGUUACUAUUUGUGGAAGUUACAGACGAGGCAAAGAAGAAAGUGGAGAUAUUGAUGUUCUUGUCACACAUCCUAAUUAUAUAUCAAAAGCAAAAGAUGCGAAAAAGAAAGCUGUAUCAUUGAAAACAAUUGUUGAAUGCCUUGAGAAAGAAUUGAUCACAGAUACAAUAUCUCUUGGAUCUACUAAAUACAUGGGAGUAUGUCAAUUGUCGGAGGAUAAACCUUUCAGGAGGUUGGACAUACGAUUGACAUUUUAUGAUCAAUAUUAUUGUGCUAUACUGUAUUUCACAGGAAGUGAUUUGUUCAACAAAAAUAUGAGAGCACAUGCAUUAGAGAAGAAAUACACUUUAAAUGAAUAUGCACUUAAAUCUCUUACAGUUGAAGGUUGCCCAGGAGAACCUGAAAAAAUUACAUGCGAAGAAGAUAUCUUUAAGAUCUUAGAUUUACCCUAUAAAGAUCCAAAAGAUAGAAAUGUAUAAAUAGUAAAAUAUUUAUAUAUCAAUACUAAUGUAUUAUUGCAUAAAUUAUUGUGUUGUUUGUUUCAUAUUAUUUAUAUUGUAUAAUUCACUACUUAUUGAAAAAGGAUGUAAUAAUUUAAUUCUA